AUGACUGCUAGAAUACAAUGUAAAGGCACUGCACUUGAUUCGACACAUUCAAAAUUAAAAAGUAGAAAAACGUCAUUGUUUGAAUUUUUAUUUCAUGAUACAUCAGUAUGUGUAAUCAUAUCGACACAAGGUAUUAAUGUUGCUACAUAUACGUUAAGUAAAGAAACAUUAUCAAAAGUUAUCAAAAAUGAUCCAAAAUCACUUGCAUUCAAUCUUAAAGACAAACGUCAACUUAAAUUAUCGAAUAUGGACGAUCCGUCGUUAGUUCAAAAAUUAGAAAAUGCAUUUCAAGAUUUGUUAAACGAUAAUCUCAUUGCAUCAAAUAUGUCUGAAUGUAGUACCGAUCCAAAUGCGAGCUUAAAUUUGUCAUCAAUGAACACGUCAACAUCAUUUUUAUCAUUUAAUUCAAAAAGCAAAUUAAGUAACGAAAAUAAUACGCUACUACCGUCUUAUUCUUCCUCAAUGUCGUUAUCACCAUCAUCAACAAAAUUAAAAACAAGCAAAUUCGAUAAAAUGAAAGAAGAAUUUUCGUAUCAAGAUGAAAAUGAUGAAAAUUCACCACACAUAAAUAAGUCUAUAUCAUUACAAAAUCGCAGUCAAAGAUUCUAUCGUGAAACUUCAAACGCAAACGAACAGUUACAUUCAUCAUCGAUCAAUCACUCAAAUAUCAACCGUAAAAGAACGGCGGAGAUCUCUUCUACACAACCAUUUACAUCCAAAAAUAAUGGAAAUAUGUCUUUGUAUAGUAACACUUGUGCAAAUAACAGUAAUAAAAACAUUAAUAAUACUAGUAAUAUUCCUCGAAUAUUCGAUAAAACGGCCACCAUUACCAUGAACUCAGUUCGCAAACCUUCAACAUCAAAAACAUCCAUAACAACAUUACCAUUUUACUCAAAAUACGAUGAUUACAGUUUUGACGAUUCACCGAAUCGCAAUUACAGUUUUUAUGCGACAAAGUCACUAUCAAAACUAUCAUCCACAACACCAACAUCAUCAUCACCAUUAUCAACAUCAAAUUUAAGAAAAAAAGGAUUAAAAAACAUUGGUAGUACAUGUUAUAUGAAUGCCAUACUUCAAUGUUUAUUAAAUAUUGAUCCAUUUCGUUUUGAUCUUAUGGUGACAAAUCAACAAUUAAUACAAUCAAAGUUAUUAGAAGAUGGUACAAUAUACAUCUGUGUAUUACGUAUAUUAGCAUUGAUGCAACAUCGUUCAUCAACACAAAACAAUUUAACAGACGAUGAACGUAUAUUAGAAUCAACAGCUCUAACAAAUUUGAAAAAAGCUGCCGAAAAACAUUCAGAAAGCUUUUUGGGUUCACGGCAUCAACGGAUUGAUUGA